GUGAUGCGGUGAUCUUCUGACUUCACAGAUGAUCGAAAGAAUUGACGAAAUAUGUUCUUGUAUAGAUCACUCUUAACUUAAUUAAGUGUUCAUCCACACUUGCAAAUUUUGUAUUCUGAUUCAGCUUGAGAGCUAAUUAAUUCGGAAUUCGGUCCAAAAUUUGGAAACUCGUAUGAGAAAAGUUGUAGUUGUGUUUCAAGUUUUAUGACUUGUCGUAAUGGACAUGGACGUUGAUUCGUUGCAAGGAAGCCGUAUCAGAAGGCUUUGUCAACUUGGAACAUUUGUUGUGUUUGUGUGGUGGGCAGCAGUGAUCAAGUCAGUCAGUGCGGUGUUCACUUUCAUAUUUGGCCCAGACUACAGGCAAGCUAUGUAUGGCAAAAAUAUGAAAAAGAGCAAGUUUAUGCUUGAUAAUGGUGUCAUAGUGACUAACCAUGGAUCAUUUGGUACUGUUCCUAAGAGAGUUAUGGAGGCUCGAUGGCAAUUUCAGGAAGAGAUGGAAAAAUGUCCAGAUGCUUGGUUCAGAUACAAGGUGCAGAAUCUGUGGAACUCAUCUCUAGAAGCUAUAGCCAAGUUUGUUGGAGCAGAUGUCAAAGACAUGGUGUUUGUUGCUAAUGCAACAUCUGGUAUCAACACAGUUCUCAAGUGUAUUGAUUUUAAUGAGGGUGAUGGCAUUCUUAUAACAAAUCAAACUUAUGGUUCUGUCCAGAUGACAGCACAGGAGAUCUGCCGAGAGAAGAAAGCCAAAUUACUGGUCCUUAAUAUUACAUUUCCAACAUCAGACAUGACUGGGUCUGUUAAGUACCAUGCUACUGAGGUUGUCCAACACUAUGAGAAAGUUUUACAGGAAAACCCAAAUGUAAAGCUGGCAAUCGUAGAUUCAAUUACUAGUAUUAGCGCAUUGAAGCUUCCAGUUAAGAAGCUUACUGAGGUCUGCCAUAAGCAUAAUGUUUUGGUGUUGGUUGAUGGUGCCCAUGCUCCUGGACAAAUUCCUUUGGAUCUUAACAAGCUUGGGGCAGACUUCUUUGUUGGAAAUCUUCAUAAAUGGCUGUUCGCUCCACGUGGUUGUGCCAUACUGUGGGUGAGCCCCAAAUUCAAUGACAUCAUAGUUCCAUCAAUUGUGUCAUGGAGCCAUGACAAGAGCCUUCAGGACAGGUUCUUUCAGCAAGGUACUAUUGAUCACACACCUUACACUUCAGCUGCAACUGCUCUCAAGUUCUAUCAAGAAAUUGGUGGCAUGAGCGCCAUAACAAAGUACAACAGCCAACUUGCAUCUUGGGCUUCAACAAUGCUAGCAGAAGCUUGGGACACAGAGGUACUUCCCAUCCCAGACUCCAUACGUGCUCCAUGCAUGGCAGUCAUCCGCAUCCCAAGUGAAAUGUCUGUAGCCUAUGGUGCAACAUGUGAAGGAGCUCAUAAGAUGAUUAGCGAUGUCUACAACAAGUACAAAGUUGUUGCUACUUUUGUCAGUGUGCAGGCCUCCUUGUGGUGCCGAGUAUCAGCUCAAGUGUACAAUGUUAAGGAGGAUUACAUGCAGCUGGCUGAAGCUGUCCUCAUGUUAAAGGAGGAAUGUGUUAACGGGUAUUGUCCAGAUGUGGAGAAGGCCUCCGAGCCCAACAGAUGGUCAUGGAGUGAAGAGCCACAUUGAAAAAACCAGAUGUGUAAAAUUUUGAGUUUUUUCCUUUUGUAUUAAUGUCAUGUGAUGACUGCAUGUCAAUCAUGCUAAUUAGUAGAAAAUUAAGGUAGAUAAUUAGUAAAGGCUCUCAAAUAUCACUGUUUAUUACAACCUGUUCCAGCCAUUAGGUCAGUUGGAGAAUAGUGCAAAGAAUGUUAGCCUUUGAAUCCAGUCCUCUUCUUGUAGCUUCUUUGUAAAAACAAGAUGAGGUAAACUUAUUCAGGGAGAAACCCCUCAUCUUUUUUCUAUUUGUCAUUGUUAGCACUGUUUCUCAGCUGGCCAGAACAGACUACUGUGGUAAAUAUAUAACAGUUUAUAUAAAAUGUUGAAUUAUAAUCCGUCAUAUGUUUUCACUUGCACACGAUUCAUUUAAACGUGUCAGAUGACUGAAUACUCCCCAGCUAAAGUGCUGAAGUGCUAAAACGCGUGUUAGGAAAAUAUUUGAAGGAUUAUUAACACAAUAGCCUCCAUUUGGCGUGAAAAUUUGCUUGGAUAUUUGU